AUGAUAAUUGCUUAUAAAUCAGCUGCUCAGGCACGAUCGGUAGUGAAUGUGACAAUACCAACUAUUCCUGGUAGAUGGUGUUAUACAGAUGGAUCAUGGAAAGAAAAUGAUAGAUACUCGGGACAAGGGUGGUACAGUCUUUUGGAAGGCUUUGAUGGUUUGAUGGGAGCGAAGAACACUAGAGGGAGUCAAUCACCCCUUCAUUCGGAGAUAGAGGCACUUAUUUGGGGGAUGGAAUGUAUGAGGAAUUUAAGACAGUUUACGGUUAUUUUUGCGACGGAUUGUUCUCAAUUGGUGAAGAUGGUUUUUGAACCUGAAGAAUGGCAUGCAUUUGCAAGUUAUCUGGAAGACAUCAAAGUCCUACAAAGCAGUUUCCACAGCUCAGAGCUUAUCCAUAUACCAAGGACGCAUAAUUCAAGGACGAACAGUCUAGCACGCAGUGCAAGAAAACAACAUUCCUUUGUGGUCCAUAUGGAUGCGGAGCUACCAAUUUGGUUUACAGAGUCUAUAUGA